AGAACAAAACCUCUAAAAAUUGCUGCAGCAGCACGCACGUAAUACGCAAGUUGAAAAAUUGUUGACAUACCCAACAAACGCUUUAAUUACUUGAAAAAAUGACUUCCGUGUUAGAAUCAAUGGUUGUGGACGAAAAACAAUUACCAGAAAAGCCUGUAGACAGAGAAAAGACGUGCCCUCUUCUGCUUCGUGUUUUUUGUAAUACUGGUCGUCACCACAACAUCAUGGAUUAUAGCAGGGGAAACGUUCCUUCCAAUGAACUCCAAAUUUAUACAUGGAUGGAUGCAACCCUCAGGGAAAUAACAGGCCUUGUCAAAGAAGUAAAUCCUGAUGCUCGCAACAAAGGAACGUACUUUGACUUUUCUUUGGUAACGCCAGAAUUGAGAAACGCUGGGUAUAGAAUGCGAGAAAUUGGUGUCACGUGUUCAGGACAAAAAGGAGCAGAUGAUAACAAGACGCUUUCUCAAGCCAGAUUCACAAUUGGUGACUAUUUGGAUAUUUCCAUAACCCCACCAAACCGAAUGAUGCAACCGGCUAUACGACGAGGUGGACUCAGACAAUAUUAAUUGUAUUAAUGUAGGUUCAUAAAGAACAUCAAUUUUCUAUGUAUUUGUAAUUAUGGAUGCGAAUGAAAUUAAACGGAAAAACACUUAAAAUACGUUGAAAAUUGAUUUUGUCAAAUAAAACUGUAAAAAAAACGAAAUCACAGUCGAAGGAAUAAAAUUACUAUUGAUAUGAAAUUCAAA